AGGAUGAGUAUUUUGUUGAUGACACCAUGUACAAGUUGACCAUAAAAAAGAUGGGAAAGUUACAUCGGGACUUUAGAAACCGAUUGAGGACUGGCUUUUUUUAUAAGACACGACCAGUUGGACAGGAUAGUGGUGAAGCUUAUGUGAAGUAUAAAGGCAUUUUGACACAAGAUGUGUGGGAGGAUUUUAUCGCUAGGAGCAUGACUCCGGAGUUUCAGGAAUUAAGUGAUAAAAACAAACAAGCUGCGUUACUGAAUAUUUACCCUCACCAUAUGGGUCGCUCCGGAUAUGCACUUUCCAUACCGAAAUGGAAAGAUCAAGGAUUACUAGAUCAGUUUUUGACUACGUCUGAAGUGGAUUCCACAAAAUCUAGCGUAUCUUCUGAUGACAUUCCGAGACAUGUGAGUUGGUUUUGUGCUAGAUCUGGAUUGACAGCAGAUGGACAACUAGCUUUCCCGAGUAACACCGAAGCCAUGAAAAAGAAGAAAGAAAAACUU